CUGAAAGAAAAAGAGCCAGUACGUUAUUUAUGUGAAUUUUUCAAAACAACAGUGUAGGCAAAACACAGAAGGUUAGUUUUUCGGCUGUUACAUUCAAACCAUAUGAAAAUAUGAAGUCUUUUUGUCUAAGUUUGUGAAAUACUCCAAAACAUAACUCAAUCUACACAACAACACAUUUAAAGUUACAUAAAUUCAGUUGCUGGAAUUGGAAAUUUCAAAGAAGUCUAAGCCUUUAUGAUCUGCCCUCAAUAAAAAAAGGAUGAUCAUAAUCAUUUUACAACGGGUUUAACCGGAAUAAUCACCACUUUUAUACUGGCUAACAUGUCAUCAACGACAAUGAAUACAAGUCGGACAUCAGAUUGUUUCGAACGUAUUACAAGAGAUAUGUACGCAAUGAACAAUUUCCAGCAAAGGCCAGCGGCUUAUGGAAGUGGCGAUAUAGGGACGGGAGAAUAUCAGUACCCGACUUACAUGAAUCAGCAAAUAUGCCACGGACAAUAUGAUAUGCAAGAAGCCAUUCAAAACCAAAAUUACCGAAUAGCUUCAAACUACAUGCACAGUAACCCGUCGUUUGAUAAUCAGAUGAUGCAUAGGCUACCCUCUUUCUGUAUUAACAGCAAUUCUGGACAUGCAAUGUGUGUACACAACAUCACAGAAGAAAAUCGAUCAACUGAAAACACUCUUCAAGCUUUACAGAACACAUUUAACAAUGUGAGUCUUGCUGCAGCUAAGCACUCGCAGUCCACAACUCGCAUUCUGAAUAGAUGCGCUUCAUGGAUUGAUGCCUCGUGUGCUACACUCAAAUGCCAAAAGCUCAAGAAUCCCAAACGAAAACGAUGCACCCGAUCUAUUUAUCAUAAGGCUAAACAUCAAUGCCACUAUAGGGCUUGGAAACGGCAUUAUUGGCAUCUAUUGAAUAAAUCAAUUAAAUACAAAGAGUUAAAGAAAGCCAGUAAAGAUUGGGAAAGUUCACAUACGAUAGAAGCUAAGUCGAUGUUAUUGAAAAACCAUGUGUACCAGUACAACAACGUUUAUGAAAAGUUGAGACACCUCCUCAUAGAGUAUUCGAAAAGGAUCGAGGAAGUGCAGCGUUUUCCAGGGGACGUUCGCAAGUUCGAGAAGCACUGGAGUUGCUUAAGCAGGACGCUGAAAGAGCAGAAAGUCUCUAUCGCCAAUCUGGAGCACGCUUUGUCUACAAAAACAGAAGCUUUCGACCACAUUUCAGCAUGCUUGGAACGUAGCGAAGCGACGAGCGCGUACAGAAAAACGGCAAUAAGCAAUUUGAAAAACGAAAUUUCGGAACUUACCGCCCAAAAAACGAAACUAGAAGAAGAAUUAAAAGAAGCCCAGUCGACGAACAAGAAACUGACUGUUCACUGCAAACAUCUUGCCAGUCAGAUUGAGCUGGUAGAAGAGAAAUUGAAAGCCUUGAAAGAUAUAAAUCGUAAACUAGACGAAAAUUUUAAGGCACAGAUGGUUUGCUACGAACUGGAGAAAACUUCAUGUCAUGAAGAAUGCAAAUCCAAGACGCACGAAAGUCUAGUUAAAAUGUCUUCCGUUUAUCAGAAACACCUAGCCGAGCUUGGAAGCAAGCAGACUUUUGCAGAUGCAAAAAUCAAAGAGUUAUAUUUGACGAUUGAGAACAUCGUGAAAGGUAUAUACAGGAUUAUGUCGGAAAAAGAAAAAGGUUCUGAAGAUAAAGAAGAUAGCAAUAGAUCCUGCUCCAACAUCGAUAUGCUGCCUAAGCUCGUCGAGUGGCUUCAGAUUUGCAACAACAUGGUCUACAAGCCGACGUUCGCUGAAGAAUUGUCUUCGUUUGUUCUCACUUUGUAUAAUAUGAGCGUGAACAACACAGGAUUAAAAGAGCCAUAAACUUAUAGGCAGGUUAAUUACCGACCAAUAAAAAAAUAGUAUCAUUUUCUGUUCACCUUGUUGUAAAAUUAAGAAAUAAAUAAUAUAAAGUA